UCCACUGCGGAGAGACCGCCCAUCUGCAGCCCCCAGCCCUCCGCGGACAAACUCCGCCCCCGCUCUUACCUGAGCCCGCCCCUAGAUCAAACCACGCCCACACACUUGUUAUUUGAGCCAGUCCCGCCUCCCCUGCCCCGCCAGAACAAGCCCCGCCUCCAAACCCUGCUCCAAGGGCCCCAGAACCGGCCCUGCGCGCAGCCUCCGCCCCAAUGGCGUCCUCUGGCGUGGGCCUGGCCCCUGCCUCCUCCACAAGACGAACCCCACCUCCCUGUCCCUCAGCCCAUUUCGGUCCCGCUCACUCUCUGUGCCCAGCUGCUCCUCAGCUUCCCCGCUGUCCUUGCCACAGCCCACCUGAUGCCGCCCCCCUCAGCCCCCAGCCGCAGUUGGCUUCCCGGGUCUCUCCCGCCUUGUGGCAUCCUCCGCGCCCAGUAGACUGACCCCUCUUGUUCAGGCAGGGCAACUUGAACUCGCCAGCCGAGGACACGAAGCGGGACCAGUCCUCAAUGGCGCGAGUGAAACAAGGCCAGUUCACCCGGUUGAUGCCCGGCGCGAUGGGUACCAGCUUUCCCUCAUGGCACCUGUUUCGGAGUCUCCGGCCGGUUUCGGUGAUGUCCUGCCGGGCGAUGGGAGUCAGGGCCGCGUGGUAGGUGCCGAAGCCUGGGGGGCGACCCAGACCGCCCCAUAGACAGGAGCUGAUAACUUGGCCCAUCUGACCCAUGGGCCUCAUGGAGGGCCUUGAAGUCCCUAAAGGAGAUGGGAAGGGGGAAGGGCCACAAGCAGGCAGCUGGAGAACCAGAGGUACUUGGGGCUGGGCACAGGCAGGGCCUUCACACCGUCUCCCCUGAGCAAACCCAGGGCCAGAAGCAAAGGACACUCACCAAGCACUGCAGAGGUUUAUUGGGGACACCGAAAAGUGUGAAGUAGGCGUUGUCAAAGUCAUCUGAAGAAGAAAAAGGAGGGAAGAGGUAGGUGUCUCCUCUACUUUGGACCCGAGUCCUACUUCUGGGAAUUUAUCCCACAUUACAGGUACACAACUGGGAAAUGAUAUGAGUAAAAGAUCUACCCAUUUCAACAUUGUUCGUAAGAGAAAAUGGCCGGGAAUAGCUCAAGUGUCUCAUUCAAGGACUUGUUAAAUACACUCUGAUACAUCCUGGCUAUGCAGCUACUUAAAAUAAACAGGAAAUUCUCGAUACAGGACCUCCAAGGUGCAGAAGAGUAUAUGCUGUAUGCUACCUUUUGCUUUAAAGCACAAAACUGAGGAGAUUGGAGGCAGAGAAGAAUAUACAUUCAGGUCAUCACCUUAACCAUGUCAUCAAACUUGGCAUCACGAAUAGCAGGAUAACAACAUUAUGUGCCUCCUGCUGAAGCACUAUGGCAAGCAUGCAAGAUUCUGGCCAGCGAUGUUUUACCUGGUUAAUCAAGCCUCCCCAACCAGCUUCUCGUUUACAGAAAACAGUCAAGGCACCCCCACCUCCACACCCAAGCCGCUCAAUGGAUGAAGACUUACUCCUUGGGCCUAUGUGGCCUUUUCACCCCAAAGACGCUCAGGUCCUCCUCCCAUUCACGGCCCAGCUCUGGGACCAUGGCCCACCGGACAGAGCCCAAGGCAGGGGCUACUGAGGUCCUACCAAGCUGCAGAAGACUCUGGCCCAGAGAGACUCUGCCUGAGUCCUGGAUCUGAAGCUGGAGGGCUGGGGUGUGCCUCCUGCCACUGCUGACUGACAGUUGACAAGCCUCUGCCACCUAGAGUCUCCCAGGAUCACAUGGGGACAUCAAGUUGUUAUUCUCCCACCGGCCACCCUGUGGCUUGGUCAAGGCGUCAGGAUGUGGAGCUGGGUCCAGAGGGUGCUGCCUCAGCCCCCAGGGACCCCUCAGAAGACAAAGAUGGAGGAGGAGGAGGGGGCAGAACCAGAACCGGAGGCGGAGCUGGAACCAGAGCCGGCGCCUAAAACAGCUCUGAAGGAGGCCGAGCUAGGGGACGAAUCCCUGCCACCGGAGGAGCCAUUUGAGGGGGAGGAAGUGGCUACAGCUGAGCCAGGCCCUCAGGAAACCCAGGAGGCUGCCCCUACUCCACCCACAUCCCUCCAAGCCCAGGUUGCUGUGGUUCCCGAAGUGAACAGCACUCCCAGUGGCUGGGUGCUGACCUGGCUCAAGAGAGGCAUGGAGAAAGUUGUCCCACAGCCGGUCCUCAGCAGCGGGCCAGCCCAGACCACUGCUGCUGGCUUGGAAGGCCCCACCCAGGCAGGAGCACAGAUCCCUGGGCAAUGCAGCAAUGGGAGCUCAGAUGGACUCGAUGUGGCCCCUGGGACCCAGGACACUGGGCCUGGGCCCUGGCUGCUCAGGUGGCUUGAGCAGAAUCUGGAGAAAGUGCUGCCUCAGCCCCCCCAGAGCUCCAAGGACUGGGGAGAUGAGCCUGCAGAUGCUGCCUUGGGCCCAGACUCCUGCUCUGCCUGCUGCUUAGAGCCCCCAGGACCCCCUUUGGAAAGGGAGCCCAUGCUGCAGGCCCCGGAGAGCCCCAACAUGCCCACUGCUGGCCCCCUGGAGCCCAAGGAAGAGCCAACUUCAGAGCCCCAGGCCACCUUCCAUGCUUCCUCCUUGCCGCCUGCUGGGGACCCUGCCAGGUUAAUGGCUUGGCUCCGGCACAGGCUGGAGAUGGCCCUGCCACAACCCGUGCUCCAUGGGAAGGCUGGUGAGCAGGAACCUGAUUCCCCUGUGGCGUGUGACGUGCAGACCGUCUGCAUCCUCCCUGGAGGCCAAGAGGAGCCCGAUCUCGUCCUAGAAGAGGUUGACCCUCACUGGGAGGAGGACGAGUAUCAAGACCGGGGCACCAGUCUGCAGGGCUCAGAGGCAGCUCCAGCUUAUGAAGAGGAGAAUGAGGCCAUGGAGGAGAUGCCCAGGGAGCUGCCCCAGAUUCAAGAGGAGAGAGAAGAUGAGGAGGAAGAUGGAGAGGAAGAGGAAGAAGAGGAGGAGGAGGAGCCUAAUGUCCUGCUGGAUAGCUGUCUGGUGGCACAGGCUGGCGAGCACCCGAGCGGAGUAGGCAGGACCCAGCCCCAGGAGGCCGCCCACCAGGAGCCACAGGAGGAGGCCGUGGCUGCCAGCCCAGAAGUGCCUGCUACAGAAGAGCACCCGGAAGUGCAGGUGGAAGAUGCCGAUGCUGACGGCCACCCCGUCAUCUUGGAGAACCCUCCCUCACCCGAGCUGCCGCCACCUUCUCCUGCCAAAUCGGACACCCUUACGGUCCCGGGAUCUGCCGCAGGGACCCAAAGGAAGGGGCCGCCCUCCCAGGAUGAUGAGGCUGAAGAGCUCAAGGCACUGUCGCCAGCUGAGUCUCCCAUGGUCGCCUGGUCAGACCCGUCCAGCCCGCAGGGCACUGAUGGCCAGGACCGCGCAACCUCCACGGCCAGCCAGAACAGCGCCAUCAUCAACGACCGGCUCCAGGAGCUGGUGAAGCUUUUCAAGGAGCGGACAGAGAAGGUGAAGGAGAAGCUCAUCGACCCCGAUGUCACGUCUGAUGAGGAGAGCCCCAAGCCCUCUCCAGCCAAGAAAGCCCCAGAGUCGGCCCCGGCGGUAAAACCCACCGAAGCGGGACAGGCGGAGGAAGAGGAACACUAUUGUGACAUGCUCUGCUGCAAGUUCAAGCGCCGCCCCUGGAGGACGUACAAGUUUCCCCAGAGCAUUGACCCGCUGACCAACCUGAUGUACAUCCUGUGGCUGUUCUUCGUGGUGCUGGCGUGGAAUUGGAACUGCUGGCUGAUUCCCGUGCGCUGGGCCUUCCCCUACCAGACGCCAAACAACAUCCACCUCUGGUUGGCGAUGGAUUAUCUGUGUGACCUCAUCUACUUCCUGGACAUCACCGUGUUCCAGCUGCGCCUGCAGUUUGUCAGAGGGGGAGACAUCAUUACGGACAAGAAGGAGAUGCGCAAUAACUACCUGAAAUCUCGCCGCUUUAAGAUGGACGUGCUCUGCCUCCUGCCCUUGGACUUUCUCUACUUGAAGUUCGGUGUGAAUUCCCUCCUGCGCUUGCCCCGCUGUUUGAAGUACAUGGCCUUCUUCGAGUUUAACAGCCGCCUGGAAUCCAUCCUCAGCAAAGCCUACAUUUACAGGGUGAUCAGGACCACGGCUUACCUGCUCUACAGUCUGCAUUUGAACUCAUGUCUGUAUUACUGGGCGUCAGCCUAUCAGGGCAUCGGCUCCACUCACUGGGUUUACGAUGGCGUGGGAAACGGCUACGUUCGCUGUUACUACUGGGCUGUGAAGACCCUCAUCACCAUUGGUGGGCUGCCUGACCCCAAGACACUCUUCGAAAUUAUCUUCCAGGGGCUGAACUAUUUCACCGGCGUCUUUGCUUUCUCCGUGAUGAUCGGACAGAUGAGAGACGUGGUGGGGGCCGCCACUGCAGGGCAGACCUACUACCGCAGCUGCAUGGACAGCACAGUGAAGUACAUGAACUUCUACAAGAUCCCCAGGUCCGUACAGAACCGUGUCAAGACCUGGUACGAAUACACCUGGCAGUCCCAAGGCAUGCUGGAUGAGUCAGAACUGAUGGUGCAGCUUCCGGACAAGAUGCGGUUAGACCUCGCCAUCGAUGUGAACUAUAACAUUGUCAGUAAAGUGGCUCUCUUCCAGGGCUGUGACCGACAGUUGAUCUUUGACAUGCUGAAGAGGCUUCGUUCUGUCGUCUACCUGCCCAAUGACUAUGUGUGCAAGAAGGGGGAGAUAGGCCGAGAGAUGUACAUCAUCCAGGCAGGAGAGGUGCAAGUCUUGGGUGGCCCUGAUGGGAAGGCCGUGCUGGUGACGCUGAAGGCUGGAUCUGUGUUUGGAGAAAUAAGCUUGCUGGCUGUUGGUGGCGGGAAUCGUCGCACCGCCAAUGUGGUCGCCCACGGGUUCACCAACCUCUUCAUUCUGGAUAAGAAGGACCUGAAUGAAAUUUUGGUGCAUUAUCCUGAGUCUCAGAAGUUACUCCGGAAGAAGGCCAGGCGCAUGCUAAGAAAUAACAACAAGCCCAAGGAGAAGAGCGUGUUCAUCCUUCCUCCCCGGGCAGGCACCCCCAAGCUGUUCAACGCCGCCCUGGCCAUGGCAGGAAAGAUGGGCGCCAAGGGGGCAAAAGCCGGCAAGCUUGCCCACCUGAGGGCCCGGCUCAAGGAACUGGCUGCGCUGGAGGCAGCAGCGAGGCAGCAGCAGUUGCUGGAACAGGAGCACCCAGCCCUGGUAACUGGACAGUGGACAGGGCCACUGGCCAAGAGCUCGCAAGACACUGCGGGAGAGGCGGGAUCCGCCGCCCCAGACCAGCCAGCACCGCCAGAGCCCCCAGCCCGCAGCUCUCCGCCACCAGCCUCCCCUGAGAGGCCGGAGGAAGGCAGGGAAGGGGCGGCUGGGCCGGAGGAGCACUCGGUGCAGAUCCGCAUGAGCCCAGGCCCAGAUCCCGGUGAACAGAUCCUGUUGGUGGAGAUCCCGGAGGAGAAGGAGAUCCCCGAAGAGGAGGAGAUCCCGGAGGAGAAGGAGAUCUCGGAGGAGAAGAAGGAGAUCCCGGAGGAGAAGAAGGAGAUCCCCGAGGAGAAGGAGAUCCCCGAGGAGAAGGAGAUCCCCGAGGAGAAGAAGGAGAUCCCAGAGGAGAAGCAGGAGGCCGAGUGAGGCUGCCGCCAGCGAGCCACUUCCGGCAGGUGCAGGCGCGUCCCGAGCAACGCGCCCCUCUCCUACAGGCCCAGACUCCCGGACUCAGUAGUGUCUGUCAUUCUGGCCCAGCGGGCUUCUGCCAAGGCUGGUUUUGAAGUCAACAAAUGUCGUUAGUGUCCCUGAGUUCCCACCAUCACCUGAGAACCCUACAUCUUCCGACUGUUAUUUUUAAAAACAAAAUUCUUUUCUAUUUAAAAAGUUUGUGGGGAAAGGCUAGGCUGAAUGGGACUCCAACCCUCCGGGAAGCUUUGUUGGAGACUAAAGGGUUAUUGAAUGUUUGGGUUUCAAUCUCCCACAUUUCAAGGAUAGAAAACCUGCCAGCAGGUGGGAAGCCUGGCUGGCUCAGUGGGUAGAACAUGGGACGCUUGAUCUCAAGGUUGUGAGUUCAAGCCCCACAUUGGGUGUAGAGAUUAAAACAAAAACAGCUUGUCAGCAGAGGGGUAGCUAUGCUCUGCUGCUCAUUUGACUAAAUGGGAACUGUGGCUCACCUGACCUGAUUAGGGACAGGAUGCCCAUUAGGGUAGUUAAGCAUGGAUCUGUCCCCGGCUUGCAUUCAGUUCUGAGUCCGAUGUCUUCACCUAGUUCUGGUCUGCAGGGAUUCAUGCUUGCUUACUUUAACACCCUUGCCAUAGAGAUGAUGGUGGCAACUUCCAUUAAUCCUGGAAGACAAAAUUACAGCUGGCACCACUGAAGUUCCUGAUGCUUCCCCAGAUCAAGUCAUGUUGCUUUAAUGAUUCAAAAUAAAAGGGGGGGGGAGGUGGGAUGGGGAGGAGUCCUCAGUCACUGAAUAUUGGGAGGAUUUCAUUUGCAUAUCUAAUGGCUCUUGGGGGAGUGGGUGAUUAAACACAAAAACCCGCCCUGGGCCAUUUGUUUCCACCAGCAACAAUGAACACAAAAAGCCCCGGAAUUCCAAUAGGUACUGCCCAUUUUAUAUAAAAUUGCAGGACAUUGUGAACUGCUGAAGAGGCCUUUGAGGGCUUACAAAUGUGUGUAUUUGUCUAUCGGCCUAAAACCAGAACAUUCAUUUCCCCUGUGAAAAAAAUGAAACAAUAUGGGAGUUCUCAGCCUGGUCUAAACACUUCCAAAUCCCAGGGUAACAAACAGAUUUCUCUAGUUGAUGACAUACCAUGUGAUCUGAGUAAUCACAUUGUAUAUAGUGAUGAGCAGCAUUAUUUUAGCCUUUUAAAAAGCUUUUAUUAAUUUAUUUUAAUAAAUUUUUAUGGGUAUGAAAGGCUACCUAGUUAAAAUGAUCCCUCCUACCCCUGGUGCCCAACCUCCCUGGUCCCCUUCCUGGAAGCAACCACUUCUUUCUCAUGCUCUUCCUUUUUUUUUUUCUUUCACAAAUAAUAACAUACUAGAGCUGCUGUUGUUUUUCAUUUGAUUUAUUCUGAAGAUUCUUUCUUCUUACUAUAUAGAGGGGAUGCUUAUUUUUCAUGCCUACAAUCUAGUCCAUUGUCUGCAAGUAUCAUAACAUUUAACGGCUCUCCAAUUGACAGGCAUUUGCCACGUUUUCAAUCUUAUGCUGUUAAGAAAUAGUGCUGCAAUUAAAAAAAUCAUAUACAUAACUUCA